GGGCUCCCGCCGCCCCAGACCUACGGUCGUCGCAGGCGGGGAGCGCUCAGCUGGGAUGGCCGCGGGCGCAGCGCGGGGCUGAAGCCGGAGCGGCCCCGCCAUGGCCAAGCAGUACGACGUGCUCUUUCGCCUGCUGCUCAUCGGGGACUCUGGCGUGGGCAAGACCUGCUUGCUGUGCCGCUUCACCGACAACGAGUUCCACCCUUCGCACAUCUCCACCAUCGGAGUCGACUUUAAAAUGAAGACUAUAGAAGUAGAUGGAAUUAAAGUCCGAAUACAGAUCUGGGACACUGCAGGUCAGGAGCGAUACCAGACCAUUACCAAACAGUACUACAGACGAGCCCAGGGGAUAUUCUUGGUGUACGACAUUAGCAGUGAACGCUCGUACCAGCACAUAAUGAAAUGGGCCAGUGAUGUGGAUGAGUAUGCUCCAGAUGGUGUCCAGAAGAUCCUCAUUGGGAAUAAAGCAGAUGAGGAAGAGAAGAGGCAAGUAGGCAAAGAACAAGGCCUCCAGCUGGCUAAGGAGUAUGGCAUGGAUUUCUAUGAAACAAGUGCCUGCACCAACUUGAACAUCAAGGAGUCUUUCACCCGCCUGACAGAGCUGGUCUUGCAGGCCCACAAGAAGGAGCUGGAUGGACUCCGUGCAAACGCAGCUGACGAACUGAACCUGGUGGAGCUGGAGGAAGAGGCGAGCAAGGCGGAGGGCACAGAGCAUUCUCCCAAGACCUGCUGGUGCUGAAGGCUCUCCAGUGUUCUUCCUUCCCCACUCCCCCAGUGCAGGUAGAAAGGCUGCCACCUCGAGAGGCCUGGCUUGCUGGGCUCCAUCCCUCUGGGCCUUCGGUUGCCAUCUGCUCUGCCGGAUCCUCUUUGGAUUUCCUGGUGUUUCUCCUUGAUUGGUGAUUUCUGUUGUCCCCAAAUUCCCUGGAUCCAAAUUUCUUCAGGUGGGCUCGCAAUUAAUGCAGAACAUCGCCCUGCCAUCUUUACGGAAUAGUGUGGUUGGCAACUACAGUUGGGGUCCGUCCAGCAUCCCCUCAGACUCCAGGUGCUCUGCAGCCUUGCCCUUUUCCAUGGGCAGGGGAGGCCUUUGGUCCUGUGCCUGGGUGGGGCUAGGCCUGUCCUCUGAGAACAGGGCCCCUAGGAUGGAGAAAGCUGCCUUUCUUUAACAGCUUUCCAGGCAGGCUGUUUGCUAACACCACCCUCUAUAACAAGUCUGCAGGUGGCUUGUUAGUGCUCCGCUGCCGCCCCCAACUGCUUUGCCUUGUCAUUUCAAUCUCUAUCUAAUGCCUGUGCAACUUUGAGCAGGGUUUUGGCGGGCCCUGAAUCCUUUGGGGCCGGAGUUUGACAGCUGCCCCCUAGAGUUGACAAACUCUCAUCCAGACAUCUCGCCAAAAAUGGGCUUUGUCCCAAAGUGAGUAGCAGCCGUCUUGCCCUGCUAGAUAUAAAUGCUGGGAGCAACUGGAGUCUAGUCCUACUGGGAAGGGUUUGUAGGGUGUGAUUUGUGGGGUCGGGUCUAACUUAGACCUACCUGACCAGUUACAGGGAAAGGAACGUUUGCUUCUUCCUAGCCAGACCACACUCCAUUUUAGAACUCCAUGGAGCCUUGUAUUGUAUUGGCAAGCAGGAAAACUACCCUUUCCUGUGACUUCCUCAAAAUCAGUAGGGAGUCUUCCCUUGGCUCCUCUUGAGUAUCUUUGGGCAGGGAUACAAGUACAUCAUGUACCCCUGAGGCUAUGUCCCUGCACCCAUGGAGGGAGAGAAGCCAUCUUGUCUGUGUGGCUUUGAGAGCCCCCUUCAAAUGAUUUCCCAGCUACCCACCAAAGCCCUGAGUCGGAAACAGAGCAUUGUAAUCUGUGCAUUAAAUCUUCCCUCAUUUGUUUCCACUCUGGAGGUCCAGACUAUAAGAUGUUCAGAACCUCAUGGGCUCUUUUUAGGAUUUUCUCUGAAACUCAACCUGGUAGAUCCAAGGGGGAGAUUUUUUUGUCAUGAGCUGCUAACACAGCUCAAUUGGAGCAAACGAAAAACUUCCUGCCUGCAUGUUGCACCGGCAUCCCCCUCUUGCCUGGCCGUUGACUUGCUCAGUGGGAGAGGCCUAUUAACACGCUCAGCGGUAUGCCCUGGUAUUCCAGUCUAUAUGCCUGCCUGCUCCCUAGUAGCUGCCCCCUGCGUACCAACACCUUGGAGGAUGCUACGGCUCCCCUCCUAUAUGUGUACCAGAAAUGGGCCACUCCUGCUGAUUCAGAAAGGACUGGCAGACGGAGACUUUUUUGGCUGGGAUGUGUUGGCUGUACCAAGAUCCUCCUGCUGCUGUAGUGAGGCUGCCUUUGGCAGGAGACCUAAACGUGAGCCAUUCAAUCCAUAGUAAGUGGUUCUUGUGGCCUCAGCCAGCCUGUGUAGUGAAUGGCCCCAUUCUUAGCCACAAGAUAAUGGCAGAUAAUCUACCUGCCUUUGCUCUUUUCCUCCUCCUGGAUAUUGACACUCUCUCUCUCUCUCUCUGGUUCUCUUUGGAACUAAUCUAAUUUUACUUAAAGGAGGGGAAGGGAAUAACACAGCCUGUCCCACCUGGUUCCCUUUUGGACUACAACUCCCACCAUUCCUGAGCAUUGGCCAUACUGUCUGGGGCCAAUGGGAGUUGAAGUCGAAAACACCUGAAAGGCACCAGGUUAGGAAUGCCAUGGAAUAGUAUAUAUUAGGAAGAAGGGGAAAUAGUAGAGCAUGGAAAUAAUGCUGGUUGUCUUUACCCACAUGUUUUGCCCUUGUGGGUCAAGCAGGGUGCCUUGUGGUUCCAAAAUGGCUCCACUUCGGACAUGUGCCCUUUUCCAAAAACUUCCAGUUUUACCACUUUCCUUGCGCUGGAUGGGUUUGAACUAGUAUCAAGCCGCUGAAAUGUUUGGAAGCAGUGAUGCUCUACACGCUGUGCCUGUUGCUGGCGGAAGGGUUCUUGUGGCCACCGCCACCUUGCAGUGGGGACUGUGCAGUUGUCCUCACCCUUUCAGGAUCUUUGGGGAGGGCCUGAUGCAAUUGGCCACAGGGGAGCGCUUCCUGCCAGAACUCGUUUGACACUAGAGACAGGGUAGACACUCACUAGAGACACAUGUAGCUAUUAACCCGUCGAGAGUUUUUAUACAGUAGGACCCCAAAGUUGGCUAGCGAAGGAUAAAUUGCAGCAAGAUGAGUACAGGGAGAAUGGUUGGGCAAACUAGGAAGCUUUGCCCUGAGAAAGGAGGCAGGCAGAGACGAAGGGAAAUGGGGUGGGCCAAAGCAAGAGCAGGUCUUUUUCUCUCUUGAGUCUUUUCAUGCAGCCGGAACACUUUGGGGCUGAUUCUUUGGAGCCUCGCUUGCUCUUACUGGCUUUGGUCUGCCUAAGGGUGAAAUGACAACUGAAAGCCAGUUCGUAUGGAACUUCUGCCCAAGGCCUGGUAGCUAUUUUCUCCCCUUUCCUCCAUUCCCCCUUUGGCUUGGAUUGUAGGGGACACAAGGUGAAUGGGUUGAGUUUGUCGUGAGUGCAGGUAGCAGUUUUGUACAGCCACUUCUUAUGGUAGCGUGCAGGACCCCUUUGCUAGUUGUGUGUGAUUAAUUUGGCUUACCAGUGUUCCAUGAAAUCUGGGAUGGGAAUUAAAAAAACAACAAAACCGGAACAGUGGCUAGCCACCUGCAGAGUGGUUGUCACUUGCAUACACACAUACACAGAUCUUUAAAACUCUGUUGGUUGGGCCACCCUCAAUAAGGUGUGUCUGAAAGGAGAGGGCUGCCACUGUCAGUGGGGAAGAGGGGGGCACUGGGAAUUACCAAAGCUUCCAGGGCCCCAAAGCUCUGCCAACCUAUAUGACAGAUAUAUUAAAGUGUUGCCCUUGGAGGGCCCAUGGAUAUGUUCCCUGUAGCUCUCCCCUGCCUGUUGCAGUCCAGCAUCACGUUGGUGCCGCUUGCUCCACGUAGGAUCUUAGCUGUCUUUCCACCAGUAUAAUACAAGCUGAGCUGCUGAUGCUGUUACCAACGCACAAAAUUGACUCCAAUGUAUCUUCACAACACACCUGACAAGAGAAGGAGAAGGCAAGACUCUUUGCCCAUCGGUGGAGAUGAACUGGAGUUCUUAUUGCCAAGACCCAGCAGUGUCUCUUUCUGGAGUGUAGGAAUUUAGAUGCGGUUGGUGAAGCCUCUAGCUCACAAUGCAGAGCAUAACAAACCAUCCUGAUAGUGCCUAGGGAACUGCACUCUGGGUUGUUGGGCAACUCUUGCGGUGAGAGAAUAGCUCCCUAAUCAAUGCCAAAUUUCUCUGUGCAGAUUAGAGUGGUGCUCUCUAGCGUGGCUUGAUUUCAGGCCAUCGUUUGGAAGGAGGAUUCUGGGAAUCUAGUACUAUAUACAGUAUUCUGAGGCUCCCUCUGUCCUGCAAGUCAUGGGUCAUAGCAACUUGUCUGUACGCAGAAACUUGCACAUAACUUGUCAUGGGAUCCAGCCAAACGUACGACUUUCUGAAUCCUCUGCUGUGUCUGUAAUUUGUGAACUUUGCACUCUGACUGGGUUUCCUUGUAUGACCUGUCAUUGUAACUCAUUAUUUUAAACAAACAAACAUCUUUACAAAAUAAAGAUUCUC